AUGGAGGAAGUCGUCCAUAGGCUCCACAGUCUUGGAUCGUACUUUUGGACCAGACCCGAGACGGUGAACCUGGUCGUCAUCGUCACGCCUGCUGCCCAACCCCAUGCUGCGGCAACGUCACCGCGAGGCCUUCAAGGUCCAUCGCAAUCGUCAAGACGCGAUUCACACCCUGCUGCAGUACCUUCACAGCAGCAUGCGAGCCGCCCCUCCUCACCCCUUCGCAGAAUAGAGGCACCCGGAAGGCAGAGCGGAUUGUACGAGCGUCGAGCGGCGACCAAGAUGGCUGCCGGCGAGAUCACUCCCAUGGGACCCGAAGCAAGCUGUUUGGAGAGCUCGAGAAGAGACUCGGAGGCGUCCACCUCGACAUGUGCCGGAUCGUCUCUGAUGGGCAGCAGCCGCAUGGCCGAGCAGAGCUACACUCCUGCCACAAGUGUAGCUUUCACGCCGAUGAGCAGCAAUGCACCCUCGCUAGCCUGCCAUCCAGCAGCGCCCACCAAAGAAGUCGCGAGAAUCUCACAGCUUCGCAACGAGCAGCGCCGAGCAUCUGCUCCCAGUCCAUCACGCCAAGAAGGUGCCGGACUGGCUCCAGUAGCUCGCACUCCAGCUCAUCGACGACUCACGUAUCGUGUUCAUUCAGACUAUCUCACCACACAAUCCACCCUUUUUCGAGACGUACUUGCUGAGCUCAAACAGUCGCCUGCAGAUGCGGAUGGGAGACCGACCAUAGACAGUACAUCACCGCUGCUCGGUGCACCCCAGGCUCGCCUCAUUCGACCGGCGGCGCCCAACCUUUUGCCUGCCGUAGUGCUCCCCCUUCCCGAUCCAUCCGCCUUCUCUGCGAUACUGCACUACCUCUACUUUGGCGACUUUACCGCACUUGCUAGUGCCAUGGAUUCUCGCUUGGUCAAGUGGGAAGGUAUCGUUGCCAAUGCAGAAGCGCUCGGAUGCGGCGCCAGCUUCAAGAGGCAUCUGGGUCGCUAUUGGAGGAGCAAAGUCGCUUCGAAUGAGCAAGCGCCAUCCCAGCCCGCAUCCCCCAUCCCAACACACUUGCGGGAUGGACAAGGCACCUCGCGAGGCUCAGUCCACGCAUUUUCGAUGGCUGCCAUGAUGGCUCGUCGGACAGAGUCAUCACAGGGCCGCUCGGAUUCCGCCAAUGAUGCCAAAUCGCGGCGUCCCAUGAGUAGAGAGAAGCGGCCGCUAAGCAGCGAAGGCGCCUCUAGAGACCUGGAGCAGUCGCGAGCAUCGUCUCGCAUGGGUCAGCUGUUGGUCAACAACGAUGGUUUUGCAGUGCCGUGCGCUCCCUCGCAUGCAAAGCACCGCAGGGUCAGCAAGGAGCUUGAGCCCAGCGGCGAAGGUCCCAACAUGUUGUCCGCAAUGUCAAAAGUGCGGAUUGCGGAAAAUGCACUGAAAGCGCAGCACUUUGUGAGCAACAGCCCGCACGCCGCAGAGGCCUCGCACGCGGCGUCGCCUUUGCUCAGGCACAAGGAUCAACCUCGCCUCGGCUCGGUCCUUGGAAGAGAUAGAGCAUAUACCUGGACAUCGGGGCGCGUCGUCUCGCAACCCUCCUCUUUAGUAGGACCUACUGAGUGA